AUGGGGGAGCGGUCGGACCGAGCCCCUCUGCUGGACUGGGAGGAGAUUCCGUCCGCGGAGAAGCCCACCGGUGCGGACUCCAAGGACCGGCUUUCGAGUCCGUCCAACAGCCUCGGAACAUCGCCGGUGCUUGGGUGGAGCUGCGGUCUUGGGGUUCCAGACGGCUGCGGCGCCCCGCCCGCGACCUCCAUCACCCAGUCGGGAGCGGACGGAACACUGCGCCCCGACGCGGUGGAGCAUCCCUCGGAUUCAGGACCCGGAGAUGUGCCGCUGGAAGACCGGAUGGUGACGUGGGAGGAGAAGGACCAAAUCGUGUCUGUUUUCGUGGUUACCUUCAACACUAGAACAGGCAACAUGCUGGAGUGGUGUCUGCCCAAGGAUAUGGACCUGGAAGGUGUGGAGUUCAAAGCCAUAGCCAGCGGCUCCCACAGAGUUACCACAGAUUUCAUAUACUUCCGGAAAGGCUCCUACUUUGGGCUGGCUUGCUUCGCCAACAUGGCUGUGGAAAGCACGGCGGAGCGCGGUGCCCGGAUGAAGUCUGUGGGCAUCCUGUCGCCGUCCUACACUUUGCUCUACCGCUACAUGAGCUUCCUGGAGCACCAAGUCAGGCUUCAGCUUCAAUCCCCUGGUCACUACUCUCCCUUGGAGGCCUUCUACGAGGACAAGAGGGCACUGCUGCUUCCUAGCGGGGAUGACGUGGUCUCAGUUUGCCCCAUAAAUGUCUGGGGGGCUGCCAUCAACCACAGCAUGCACCCGGAAAUGAAGAUUACCCACCCGGCGGGUUGCAUGUCCCAGUUCAUCCGCUUCUUCGGCGAGCAGAUCAUGGUGCUAUGGAAGCUCGCGCUGCUCCGGCGGAGAAUCCUCAUCUUCUCCCCGCCGCCCGUGGGCGUCGUCUGCUACAGAGUGUACUGCUGCUGUUGCCUGGCAAACAUCUCCAUCCCGGGGGUGGGCGCGGCCGUGCCCGAGUUCAGGCCUUUCUUUUACGUCAACGUGGCCGACAUCGGCGCUUUGGAGAACGAGCUGUCUUACGUCGCGUGCACGACCGAGAAGAUCUUCGAGGAGAAGCGCGACCUGUACGACGUCUAUGUGGACAAUCAGAACGUCAAGACCUACAGGGAGGGUUUGAAACCGCUGCUGCGCAUAAGCAACGCCGACCGCGAGAAGUAUCGCAAGCUGACGGAGCAGAGGAAGAUGCUGCUGUACUCUCAAGAGGAGAAUGGUGACUGUGUAUCCAGUGAAGAAGAUCUCUUCAUUCUGUUUUUUCUAGAGCAGAACAACCGAAUUUUCCAGACCCUGAGCGAGGUGGCGGCCAGUCCUGACCCGACGCUGACCGCCGAAAGCGUUCGAGCAAUGGGUCUGGACCCGCAUGGCGACCGUCUCUUUCUCCUCCACUUGCUGGAAAUUUAUGGUUUCGACACACUGCUGGUGUCCGACCAGCUUUGCUGCAGCUGA